AAAGAACUGAUAGGAAGCCCCCGAAUCAGUUACGGAGAAUUUAGUUAACUGUGGCCAAGGAAGAGGAUUCUUUCUUAUUCCUUACUGUCAGGGAUCCUAUCUUCUGCCUUAUUUUCCCCAUCCAUGUUCCCUUUUAAAGUAGCAGGGUUAAGUAUGAAUCCAACUAAGAGAGAACUUUUGUAUCAUAAUGAUUAAAAAUAAUUCUGCUGCUUUACUGGGAAAGGUCAUUUUAAUCUCUGCAUUUUUUGUGCAUCUGUUAAGGCAGAAUUGUUUUAGUUAUUUGUGAUAUGAAAUAGAAGUUAUAAUAUAAUACAGAAAGCAAGUAGUCACCAUUACUGUAAUCUUUUUCUUGAUAAAAAAACACAGCAAGUGAGUUGUCGAAAUUACUUAGUACCUUACAAGGUAAAUAUUAAUCAUGUACAUGUUUGUUGCUUUAUGAGUUAGAAUUUUUAGUUAUCACACUACAAGCAGAAUUCAAGUUGUCAGCCCAAAUCAUUGAAGUCAGUGAUCUUUGAGACUAUAAUACUUUUGGGCUAUAUGUUCAUAGCUUAUUUUUAUUACACAUGGCUAUGCAUGUUUUUGGAAAAUCAAGGAUUAGAAGAGGUGUUUAAUAGGCUGACUGUUAAAAGUAGCUUCUUCAAAGUUUGUUGUGCUCAGGCUUCAAAUUCAGCUAAGUCAGUUUCAAACAUGAUAUGAUUUAUCACACUUCUUGCUAUGAAUACACACAUCCUUCUGCUUCCAGUCCUGUAAAAGAAAAAGUUCAGGUGAAAUGGAUUCAGAUCCUGAUCCUUCAAGUCCUUCUCACCCUCAGCCACAGCAAGUAAGGUCUCAGCUAAAUGCAGCUGCUACUGUGAGCCAUAGUGAGAGUAAUCAGAAACCUGGUUCACCUUCAGGAGAUUCAUUGUCCUCUGCAACUUUUUCCCCGUUAGCUACCAGCCAUUCUAACAGCAGGGAGAGAGCUGAAAGAAACGAAGCCAUGAAGGAGGAACCUGAAGUACUCUUUGAGGAUCUGCUUGAAAAGGCGAAAGCUGGAGAACCAAAAGCCCAAACGGAGAUGGGAAAACAUUACCUGAAAUUAGCAGAAGAUCAGGAUGAAGAACUCAACAACUGUAGUGCUGUUGACUGGCUGAUUCUUGCUGCUAAGCAGGGUCGAAGGGAAGCUGUCAAGCUGUUGCGGAGAUGCUUAGCAGACAGAAGAGGCAUCACUUCUGAGAAUGAGCAAGAAGUGAAGAAAUUAUCAUCCGAGACUGAUCUGGAGAGAGCUGUGAGAAAAGCUGCCUUAGUUAUGUACUGGAAAUUAAAUCCGAAGAAGAAGAAGCAGUUAGCAGUUUCUGAACUGCUGGAGAAUGUUGGGCAAGUUGACAAUGAAGAUGGUGAAAAACAACCUGGCCCAGUUCCAAAGUCUGUACAGAAGCAAAGAAGAAUGCUGGAACGAUUAGUAAGCAGUGAACCUAAGAACUAUAUUGCUUUGGAUGAUUUUGUUGAAAUAACCAAGAAGUAUGCAAAGGGAAUCAUCCCAACUAACCUGUUUGUGCAGGAGGAUGAUGAUGAUGAUGAUGAUGAAUUGGCUGGAAAGAGUCCCGAGGAACUACCACUGCGACUAAAGGUUGUAAAAUAUCCACUUCAUGCCAUUAUGGAAAUUAAAGAGUAUCUUAUAGAUAUUGCAUCUAAGGCAGGAAUGCACUGGCUGUCUACUAUUAUUCCAACACACCACAUCAAUGCCCUCAUCUUCUUCUUCAUCAUCAGUAAUCUGACAAUCGAUUUUUUUGCCUUCUUUAUCCCAUUAGUCAUCUUCUAUCUGUCCUUCAUUUCCAUGGUGAUUUGCACGCUGAAAGUCUUUCAAGACAGUAAGGCCUGGGAAAACUUCCGUACCCUGACUGACUUAUUGCUUCGUUUCGAGCCAAAUCUAGAUGUUGAGCAAGCAGAAGUGAACUUUGGGUGGAAUCAUUUAGAGCCAUAUGUUUACUUUUUGCUCUCAGUUUUCUUUGUCAUUUUUUCCUUCCCUAUAGCAAGCAAAGACUUCAUACCAUGCUCAGAGAUGGCUACCAUCUCUGUUUUCUUCACAGUGACAAGUUAUAUGAGUUUAAGCACUUGUGCAGAACCUUACACACGAAGAGCUUUAAUGACUGAGGUGGCUGCUGGCUCCCUCUCCCUAUUGCAGAUACUACCUAUAAAUUUGGGCUAUUUGAAAUUCUUAGGUAAAACCUUCUUUACUCUUCCUAUAGGCCACUUCUUCAUACUAAAUGUGAGCAUCCCAUGCCUUCUGUUCCUGUACUUGUUCUAUCUCUUCUUUAGAAUGGCACAACUGCGGAAUUUUAAAGGCACCUACUGUUACCUGAUUCCCUACAUGGUGUGUUUCAUGUGGUGUGAAUUCUCAGUGGUUAUUCUGCAAGAGUCCUCCUGUAUUGGUCUCAUUCGUGCAUCAGUUGGCUAUUUUCUGUUUCUCUUUGCACUCCCAGUUGUAAUGGUAGGCAUUGCACUCAUGUGUCUUGUGCAUUUCAUAAAGUGGUUCAUAUCUUUGGAGCUCAUGAAGAUUGUGGUGACUCUUGUGUUGUGUGGUAUUCCUUUGUUUUUACGAUGGUGGACAAAAACUAACUUCUCCAUCGUUGAAAUGAUGAGAUCCCUAACCAAAAGUUCUAUUGUGAAACUCAUUUUGGUGUGGAUUACAGCUGUAGUAUUGUUCUGUUGGUUCUAUGUGUACCGAUCAGAGGGAAUGAAAGUCUACAACUCUACCUUGACAUGGAAUCAGUAUGGCUUCCUCUGUGGACCCCGGUCAUGGAAGGAGACUAACAUGGCACGCACCCAAAUUGUAUGUAGUCAUCUGCAAGGACACAGAGUUACAUGGACUGGGCGGUUCAAAUAUGUCAGGGUUACAGAAAUUGAAAAUAGUGCAGAAUCUGCAAUAAACAUGCUUCCGCUUUUUAUUGGUGAUUGGAUUAGAUGUUUGUAUGGUGAAACCUACCCUGUGUGUGACCCAAAAAAUGUUACCAUGGCGGAGGAGGAACUGUGUUGUCUCAAGUAUCUGACAAAGCAUGACUGUCACAUGAAAAAGUUUGAUCGAUACAAAUUCGAAAUAACUGUGGGCAUGCCUUUCAAUGGCAAAAAUGGAACUAAAGUUGUAGAGGAGGAGGAUAUAACCAAAGAUAUUGUGCUGAAGGCAAGCAACGAGUUUAAGAAAGUGUUGUUGAACUUGAGGCAAGGAAGUAUAAUUGACUUCAGCACAAUUCUGGAGGGUCGUCUUGGCAGCAAGUGGCCUGUCUUUGAACUGAAAGCAAUCACUUGCUUAAAUUGCAUGUCUAAACUUACACCCGCAGGAAGGCAUGUGAAAAUAGAGCAUGACUGGAGAAGCACAGUGCAAAAAGCCAUUAAAUUUGCUUUUGAUUUUUUCUUUUCUCCAUUCCUGUCAGUUGCAUAUUGAACUCAUAUACUGGUUCAAUGGUAUCUUCAGUGUAUACUGCAUUAAUACUACCAAAGGUUUGGCUUCUUAACAAAACCUGCUGUAACGAUGUUCAAAAUGUAUGCUAUUCCAGAGUAUUGGUUGAGUUUUUUUAUAGGUGUAAACACUGUACCCAGUCCUUGUAUCCCGUAGGAUUGAGGUUAUAAAUUCUAUUUAAGUAUUACUAUACAUGAAUGCACAGAAUUGCUGCAGAGUAGAUGCAUGAACUAUUUUUUAUCCAAAAAGAACUCUUUUUCUGUGGUACAACACUAGGGUAUAUUCAUCUGCUUGAUGUUAAAAGCACUUUACUCGUGAAAUAUUCACGGCAUUGCCCUUAUGUACUUUCACAUGUAGAAUGGAUAUCUUGUAGAUAACCUAAGAUGUAAUGUUUCUUGAAUUUAUUCCGUGGUUUCUAGAGAAGUGUUAAACGUACAACUAGGUUGAAUCUGGUGCCGUGUGAUUGGCGUGUAUAGAACUGAACUUCUUUGCUAUUUAUUAGAUUUUAUUUGAACAGGUCUUUUGGUGGUGGACACCACUUCAUAUACCAACAAAGUCGCAACAAGAGCUCAAGUUUCCAUUUCAGUUUGAUUUAAGUAUUCUUCUUAAAAUGAAUAUGCUGUUCACUGUAACUGGCUACGAUAGCUAUAUAUGAGACUAUCAGUUAUAAUCCAUGAUAGCAUGUGAAUGAUGGGCACCAGUUAGUAAGACUGGUAUUGUGGUGGUACAGGUAAUAGGCAAGCCAAAUCAAUUGAAAAGCGCUGUAUAAAAAAUCUACAAUGGAGAUGGAAAUAAAAUGUCUGGUUAAUAAUAUGUAUUGUGCAAAUAUAUGCAAAUACAAACUUGAAUUAAAAUGGGAUUCUACACUCA